AUGAGUGCAGAAAAGCCAGCCAGUUCCCCUGGAGCGCCGCUGAAAGCAUCUGAUUCGGACACUGAAAAUGCUCAAGUGACCCAACUAGAGAGAGGAGGUCAAGUGUCCAAAAUUGAAGAGAAGAGGACAUUGAGGAAAAUAGAUCUUCAUGUGAUCCCCAUCGUCACAGUUCUCUACCUUCUUUGCUUCCUAGAUCGAGGCAACAUCGGGAAUGCCAAAAUCGAAGGCCUCAUCGACGACCUUGACAUGACUGGCCAAGAGUAUAAUAUGUGUUUAACGGUAUUCUUCUUCACGUAUGCCGCCUUCGAGUUACCCUCGAAUCUGGUGUUGAAAAAACUCAGACCUUCAAUAUGGCUCCCGAUUAUCAUGAUAGGAGUUGGAAUCGUCAUGACAUUGAUGGGGAUUGUGAGAAACUACCACGGGUUGCUUAUUUCGCGAAUAUUCCUAGGUGUGACCGAGGCUGGUCUCUACCCCGGAGUUGCCUUUUAUAUCACGAUGUGGUAUUGCCGCCAUGAAGCGCAGCUUCGCCAGGCGUUGUUCUUCAGUGCAGCGAGUGUUGCAGGGGCAUUCUCGGGCCUACUGGCGUUUGCUAUCGCUAAAAUGGAUGGUGUAGGAGGUUUAGAAGGCUGGCGUUGGAUAUUUAUUCUAGAGGGUAUCCUAACUACCCUGGUAGCCAUCUCAUCGUUUUAUUUCAUCGCAGACUACCCAGACACUGCUAAAUUCUUGACGGAGGAUGAGAGAGCCUGGGUACUUCAUCGAUUGAGGGAGCAAUACUCUGGAAAUGUCCAAGAGUCGGAGAAAUUCCAGUGGAAAUAUGUCUGGGACGCUGUUACAGACUUCCAGAUUUGGCUUGCUCUGAUCACUUGGUACGGCAUGGUCUGCCCCUUGUAUGGAAUAUCGUUCUUCUUGCCGACUAUCGUCCGCGACCUGGGCUACACCUCAUCACAAGCCCAGCUCCUUACAGUUCCGAUCUAUGUUACAGCAGCUAUCAUUGCGGUGGUUUCAGCGUACUUCUCAGAUCGCAUCGGCAAGCGCUCGCCUCUACUGAUUUUACAUCUCUCGUGCAUAUCUAUUGGAUUUCUCAUCGUCAUCUCAUCAGCUGGAAGGUCAGUGCCAGGGGUUGUAUACUUUGGCAUUUUCCUUGUCGUAUGCGGAAUAUACCCGGCACUUCCUGGGAAUGUAACGUGGCUGAGUAACAACUUGGCAGGUGAUUAUAAACGAGCUGCCGGAAUGGCUCUUCAUAUUGGAGUUGGGAACUUUGCUGGAGCCAUGUCAUCCAAUUUUUACCGAGCUCAAGACGCCCCUCAAUACUAUCUCGGACACGGACUGGAGCUUGGUUUCUCAUUCGCCGGCGUUAUUGCUGCAGUUGGUCUUCGAUAUGCCUACAAGCACGUGAAUAAGAAACGGGAAGCGAUGGAUAUCAGGCCCCUGACAGAAGAGAAAAGGCAAGGCUUGGAGAUAAAUCGCCCACGUUUCAAUACAUGA